AUGGCGUUGAACCAGGCUAUCACGGAGAAUUCCCCGCUGUUGGGCGAGACCAUCGAGAGUAUACCUGCAUCAACUGGAGCGAUUGCUCAGCCAGAUGCGGAGUCUGGAGAGCCCAGGAAUUCGGAGCAACAGGCAAAAAACCCCUUUCCUGAUGCGAGAAAACAGCUCCGAUACGUGCUUCCUGCGAUUUCUCUUGGGGUCUUCUUAUCAGCAGCAGAUCAGACCAUUAUCAUGGCCAGCUAUGGUCAAAUUGGAAGUGAUCUCAAAGCGCUCAAUUUGACUAGCUGGAUAGCAACCUCGUAUUUUUUGACUUUGACUUCGUUUCAGCCGCUUUACGGAAAAUUGAGCGAUAUUUUUGGCCGUAAAGCCUGUCUGUUGUCUGGGUAUGCCAUCUUCGGAAUUGGAUGUCUCGGCUGUGGUCUGGCCCGCAACAUCAAUGAGCUUAUCGCUGCUCGAGUCUUUCAAGGAAUCGGCGGUGGCGGUAUGACCACGGUCGUAAGCAUCUUGAUGAGUGAUCUAGUUCCCUUGCGUGAUCGAGGACUUUGGCAAGGAAUCAUUAAUCUCAUCUAUGCCACUGGCUCGGGUGUUGGAGCGCCUCUGGGUGGCAUUCUUUCAGAUUAUCUUGGCUGGCGUUGGGCUUUCCUCGCUCAAUUUCCGAUGUGUAUUCUGGCUGGGAUCAUGGUCUCGCUGCUGCUCAAUCUACCUGCGCAAGAAAGCUCUCACUGGAAGGAUAAACUCCGCCGCGUCGAUUUCCUCGGGGCCAUUAUCUUGGUUGGUGCUGUGUUAGGCUUUCUUUUGGGGCUUGAUCGUGGCAGCAACGUUUCUUGGUCUCUACCCUUGACAAUUAUUUCACUGAGCGUGUCGGUGGUCCUUUUUAUCGCCUUCAUUCUGGUCGAAGUAUAUUACGCUGCAGAACCUUUUGCUCCGGGUCACAUCAUUUUCAGCCGCACCUUUUUCGCCCUUUACUCGUGCAACUUCUUCAGUUUCGGUGGGUGGUAUGCCGCCUUGUUCUACCUUCCGCUGUACUUCCAGGCUGUGGACGGAGUCUCGGCGACAGCUGCUGGUUUGCGCCUUCUACCCUGCAUUUUGUCCGGUGUUUGUGGGUCACUUCUUGCUGGGUUCAUCAUGAGAUGGACCGGAAAGUACUUCUGGUUGACUGUUGUUGCUUACGGCCUACUCACGGCUGGUUGCUCCAUGGUCUAUAUGUUCUCGGGUGGUAUCUUGUCUACCGUCAUUCCAAUGAUCAUCGGAACAGUCCUUUCGUCAUUCGGCAACGGAAUUGGUGUCACGUCGACACUGGUUGGCUUGAUAUCAAACGCCACUCCGGAAGAUCAGGCCGUCGUAACUGCCUGUUCAUAUCUUUUCCGGUCUUUGGGAUCUGUCAUAGGGCUCUCACUUUCAUCCACUGUCGUCCAGCAGCUGCUUAGAGAGGGUCUUCGGGAGAGUCUUCGAAACAGUAAAGAGAUUGAUCAAAUCGUGGAAGGUGUCCGCGAAAGCCUGGACUAUAUCAAAAAGCUUGACCCUCAAGUGGCGCACAUUGUUCGUGGGUGCUAUGGCUCUGCUGUCAAUACGGGAUUUGCCUUCAUCAUCGCCAUUGUGUCUCUUGCCCUCUUCAGCGCCUUUUUCGUGCGGGAAGCCAAGCUCAAUCGAUGA